AACAAACAAAAGGUUGAGUCCAACGGAAGGAGGAACGGUAGAAGCCAGUGGCAUCAAUUCAUGGCGACCUUUCCUUCUCUAUCUGGGCUUCCUACGCCUCCUCCUACUCCUCUUAUUAGUCGAGUCCACCGGUCACGUGGACUCCCCCACCCAAGCUCCUCCUUUAGGCCUCCUCGUCCUCCGCACGCGAUACUAACUCCUUCUUCGCCUUCUUCUUCCUUACCCUAACCCUAGAUCUCCUUCGGUCACGCUGCGGCCGUUAAUCUUCUCGGCCAGAGAGGGGAGAAAAGAGAAGCAGACGGGGUUGGAGGGGGAGAGAGAUGGAUCUGCAGACGAACCACUCCAUGUUCGAGAGGCGCCCGCCCGACAAAGAUCGGACCCCCGCCGUUCGGUGGUUCAGGGAAUGGGUUCCACAGGAAGUGGCGGCGACUGGAGGGAAGUGCUAUCUUUUGAAGUGGGUUACAGAGGAUAUGCUAAAGACUCUGAGAGAGAAAUCUAAGGAACCACAAGCAGAAGAGCCAAAAGCUGAACCAACGACUGAAGUGCUUUUCCUCUGCAGCUAUGAAGGCUGUGGAAAAACUUUCAUUGAUGUAGGGGCUUUAAGGAAACAUGCUCACAUUCAUGGAGAGAGGCAAUAUGUUUGCCAUUUUGAAGGCUGUGGAAAGAAAUUCUUAGAUAGUUCCAAGUUGAAAAGACAUUUUCUUACUCAUACAGGAGAAAGGGAUUUUAUAUGUCCUCAUGAAGGCUGUGGUAAGGCUUUCUCAUUGGAUUUUAAUUUAAAGGCACAUAUGAAAACACAUUCACUGGAGAACUAUCACAUUUGUCCUUAUCCAGAAUGCGGGAAAAAAUACACACAUGAAUGCAAAUUAAAAAGUCAUAUCAAGGCACACCAUGAAAAGAACUCGGUGAUAGAUGGAAUGAAGCAUGCACCACCAGCAGAGAAGCUCCAUAGUACCCCAAAGACUGCUACAGCAGCUUAUGGUUCUGCUUCCUCUGAGCGCCCCUAUGCCUGUCCAUAUGAAGGCUGUGGGAAAGCAUACAUUCAUGAGUACAAACUGAACCUCCAUCUAAGAAGGGAACAUCCUGGCCACAAUGCAGAAGAAAAUGGCAAGCAUGCGCCUGCUGCUGACCAUGUGAUGGAUGAAGCCAGUGAUCAUGAUGCUUAUAUUGUAAAGGGGGGUAGUGUUGGCAAGAACAAUAAAAGAAGCAGCAAGACCAAUCUGGUACAGAAGAUGCCGCCUGCAAAGAUGGUGAAUCGGAAGGGCUCAAAUUUGGCUUCUGUAAAUGUUAGCUCUGUCAAGAAGCGGUGGUCCAGCAAAGAGGUCUAUGAGGAGGAUAGUGAGGAAACGGAGGAAGAUCGAGACAAUGUUGAAGAGGAUGGGUGGAGGUAUCGAGGUACGAAUGGUGAUGAUGAGGAGACGGAGGAUGAAGACUAAGUCUUGGAUUACAGUCUCUGAUUAUUGUAAGAAAGACACCGGCCAUGUUGCCAAACAUUGGCACAGUUUUAGUUGAUGUCUAUAACUGGUGUCAUGUGGCACUAUAUUAUGUUGCCCAGAACAAAUGCAAUAAUCAAGUUAGUUUGCAGUAUUGUGUUUUUUAUUU